AUGCCACUGCGAUUUCCAGCUUCACCCACCAUCAUCUCGUCCGACGACGAAGAUGGCGCCCUAUCAUUUUCAUCUGUCCGCGGUUCAUCCCCGCCUCCCGGGGCACGCUCUUCGUCCGUGAUCGAUAUCAGCAGCAGCGGCGAGGAAAAUGAGCAGGACCUGGAGUUUGAGUCGUGUGGCCGUAUCUUUGUCUGGAUGUUUCACAAAAACGAUGUAGAUCCAGAGCUCAUUGACCUACCUCGCCCCAAAGGUGUCCGGUGUAUAGAGAUGGCUCGGUACCUGCGGCAGUGGGAGGAGCACGAGAUGAAGUGUACUGAUGAUAUCCGUGUUCUAAAGGUCCAAAAGACGCCAGACCAGGAUGAGUGGGAGGGAUGCAAGCUGGGUGCACUCUCCGUGCGCAGGGGUACUACCAACCUGGUUCUAUCUGAUGCACGCGUGAGCUCGUGGAACCAGUCCCUAAAGAAUGCACGAGAACACGCGUACGACGGUCAAAACAAGCAUAGCAAGCCUGCGCAUUUGGACUCGCACAUCAUCUUCUCCAUCGCCGUCAACCAAGCAAUGGCCUAUCCGAAGAUGGCGGAAGUCAUGAUGCGCUCGCCCAAAUUCGGCAUCAACAGGGGCUUUGACGUCGUUAUCUUCACCGUCAUCUCUAUCUUCGCCAAUUCCGCCGGAGGAGAGCGGUUCAAGUCCAACAGGGUCAACGUUUGGGACCGGCGGCAACAUAUGGCAAGGCUCAUGAGAAGGAUGCUCGCGCGGUACAACGUCGACUCACGUAUACUGCUAUAG